AUGUCUGCAGCUCCAUAUUUUCACGGGCGCCGUCAGUCUUGUCUUGCCAUGCAAUUCGAGCAGUUCCGACAACGCACUAGCGCAGACUUCGGUCCAAUGGCAGCGAGCGAUCAGAGACUGGUAACGAGGGAUGAAGAAGAAAAACACAUCGUAUCAUGGCCAAGACCGGAUACAGAUAUCAGUGGCAACGUUGAUUCAAAACAGAUGGCUGGAGGAAUUCAGCAGCUGCUUAUAAUUACCCUUCGACCCAUGUGCAUGUUUACGUGUGUGGCUCUGAACAGGAAUGAAGAAAAGAAGGAUGCGGAAGUAAUUGAUGCUCACGUGUACUGA